CAUGCAGAUCAUAAAUACCUCGGGCUUUGAAGCUAUAUUCUCAUUCCCUUCAUCUUCUUUGAUUUGUUGCGAGUAGGGUUCAAUGCUCUCUUGCUUGUCGCAGUAAAGUAGGUAGCAGAAUUUCCUGAAUUUGACCUGCUGGACACAGUCGAUUGGCCAAGAAUGAUAGCUGUGUUAGCAGGUCCGUACUGAGACAAGGUGGGAUUUGUAUUCAGGCCAUUCCUUAUUCCUCUCUGCUGACAAAAAAAAUGUCAACUAUGUCAGAGUUUAUGUACCCCAGAUUGAUACUGUUUCCUGAGGUGAGAUGCAGCUGACACAGCGCUAUAAAUCCUACUAGGGAUGAUUGUAAGUCUUCUGCAGUUUCUCUGGUCAGGAAAUGUUUGCUGGCCACAUAGAAAGGGGAUUCUUCCACAGUUCUUUUCCAGGAUUCAAAGAAUUGGCUAGCUGCCCUUAUCUCAGCAAGUCUUGGGUUGUUGAAUGUAUCGAUAUGGAAGAACGAAAAGAACACGGAAAAGAAAACAAACCAGAGAGGGGGGAAUCUUCGUGUCAACAGAACUCAUUUCUUUAUGCAAAUGGAUGAAAGUGGAAUCCAACAAGCAUGGCUUCCGAUGGAAAUGUCAUUUAUGUCCAGCCCAUUUCUCAGAUACUGGGAGGGGCAUGAUGACAAAGAGUCGUCUGUUUCCCGGUGACCUUCUUAUAUCCAUACCCAGACCAUUACUGAUCACCGUGGAAACAGCUCUGUCCUCAGAAAUAGGGGAACAAGUCAAAUGUCAAAAUGUAAAGUUUACCAGACAACAGCUGCUCUCUCUCUUUCUCCUUCAAGAAAAAAACAAGGGAAGCAACUCUCUCUGGCAUCCCUACAUUUCUGUUCUCCCUAAGACUCUUGAAACAUUUGGAAAUUUCUCACUAAGGGAGAUGACUCUGUUUCCACCAAGGCUUCAAAUUGCUGUGAAGUCUAGAAUGGCAGACAUGAAGCAGGCAUAUAUGGAAGUGAGAAACUUUUGGUCAGGAGAGGAAAUUGAGUACAGCCAAUUUUUGUGGGCAUGGUUUUGUGUAAAUUCUCGCUCUGUGUUCUACCGGUCAGCAGGGUCAGAGUUUGUGAGAGAGGACGGGAACCACUUGGCACUGGCUCCAUACCUGGAUCUGCUGAACCACUCAGUGGGGGCUCAGGAAGAGGCGGGUUACAAUCAGGAGAGUGGUUGCUAUGAAAUCUACACAGGUGACACGUACAGGAAGCACAACCAGGUGUUUAUUUCAUAUGGUAACCAUGACAACUACCACCUCCUAGUGGAGUAUGGCUUCACUCUACCAGACAACCCUAACGAUGUCUUCCAAGUAGAAUAUCAUCAGGUAAGAACAUCAUAUGAUGUGUUAAAUGCCGCCUUAUCUUUGGGUGUGGAUAACAUGGAGAAGAAGAAAGAAAUUAUACAACAGCAAAGCUUCCACAGACAAUUGGUUUGCUCUAUGGAAGGUAUGUCCUGGAACCUACUCCUGGUCACAAGAAUUUUAGCCAUGAACUGGACAGAGCUAGAGCAGUGGAAGUUGGUGCUGACUGGAUUUGCAAUGUCUGAUCGUAACAACACAUUGUCCAGACAGAUCGCAAGAACAUUCCUCACCAAGUACAUCAAACAGAAUCAGGAUCUGAUCACCAAGUUUGAUACUCCACUGUCUCCAAACACGGUUGAAUUUAUGGUUUUUUCUAUUGUACAAACCGAGAGGAAUAUUCUACAGUUAACUUGGACUUCAGUGACUUGACAACUACAAUACGUUUAUCUAGGCACCCAGCGACCAAGAGAUGUGCCAGCUACAAGAUCUAUAGACAAAGUGAUUCCAUUGUCUCUGUCAGAGGCAAAGUGAUUGGCCACAAUAUUAGUUUACAUUCCAUCAUGAUGUAGAUGGGCUAAAAUAUCGGUAGGGAUAACAUAUGGAUGUAGAAAGUGAUGGGCUAAAAUAUCGGUAGGGAUAACAUAUGGAUGUAGAAAGUGAUGGGCUAAAAUAUAGGUAUAGGGAUAACAUAUGGAUGUAGAAAGUGAUGGGCUACAAUAUCGGUAGGGAUAACAUAUGGAUGUAGAAAGUGAUGGGCUAUAAUACAUGUAUUAGCAGGGAUUCAAUCGUGAUGCUGAAAGUGAUGGGCUACAAUAUCGGUAGGCAAUUCCGUUUUGGUAUAAAAAGGACGCCUACUUAAUGCACCAGAUAAUUGCUAGAGGACUACAUCACUAAUGUUAAAGAAUGUUCUUGAUGAUCGUACUCUGUUCAGCCAGGACAUUUGGAAUUUAAUGACUGAGGAUGAACUGUUUAAGAAUAUGUAUAUGAUGUUGAACUAGAUGUCUUCGUUAAAGUAACAUAAUAGUUUAUAAUUAUAAUAAAUCAAAGUUUAUUAUAUGUUUAAAUGAUCAAUGGUUACUAGGUUUGUGAAAUUCCAAAAAAAAGAAAUCAAUACAAAUCGUAUAGAACUAAUGAUUCAAGUCACGAUUAUCUAUAAUUCUUUAAUUAUUGCCGUGUACAAACAAGUAUUCGGAUUUUUUAACAAUAGUUUGAUUUCGGUAUUAUUUUUUUUAUUGAAUAAGGUAUCUAGUUUUAAAUGAGGAGUAAACAAAGAAACAUUACAUCUAGUUUAACAAAAUUCCUGCAAGAAUAACCAAACAGAACUUGUAGAAAUGGAUAUUGAGUAAACCAUUUUUUAUUCUCCAUGUCUUUUAUUAUCGUGCUUGACAUGUGAGAAAAUCGUUUGUUUUGCAACUGAGCACAUGUUACAUGUGAUAAUCAAAUUUGACCUUUAUUGAUUAUUUUUUUAUGUCCCCUAUGAUUCUGUGUUAAAAACGUCUACAAUCUAGAACUAAGACAAACCAACAUGACAUAAAACAACAUGAAUAAAAUAUUAUCAAUGGUUAAACAAC